AUGGCAACUGAGUUCAAUACUGGUUUGGCAACGCCUCAGAGAAGCCCACAACAUACACCCGAGUUUGGCUUUAGACCCUAUGAUCCAUAUGCCAUAGCAGUUUGUGGUAUUGGCCUACGACUUCCUGGGGGAAUAAAGGACACCCAUGACUUUUGGGAGCUGCUGGUCAACGGACGAGAUGCUCGCGGUCCCAUCCCAUCAACGAGAUAUAACAUUAGCGGGUUCGAUGAUUCGUUGGGAGGUAAAGGUGGUAUCAAGGCGCGGUAUGGAUAUUUCCUCGAUGAGGACAUAUCUGGGUUAGACACAUCCUUCUUUUCAAUGACACGAAAGGAGGUCGAGAGCUGCGAUCCCCAGCAGCGCCGUCUGCUCGAAGUGGUAAAGGAAUGUCUCGACGAUGCUGGAGAGAUUCACUACAGAGGCCGCGCCGUCGGUUGCUACGUGGGCACAUUUGGCGAUGACUGGCUCUUGAUCAACUCGAAAGAAAACCAGCAUCAGGACGGUUACGGCUAUCUUUCCACGGCCAACGGGGACAUGAUGCUUGCAAAUCGAGUGUCCUAUGAAUACGACUUUAGGGGACCGAGUUCGGUUGUUAAGACGGGGUGUUCUGCGUCGCUUGUUGGGCUCCACGAGGCGUGUCGAGCCAUUCAAAACGGCGACGCAACCUCGGCAGUUGUGGCAGGUACCAGUAUAAUUCUAACCCCCACUAUAUCUGCAUCAUUCACAUCAGAGGGCAUCCUGUCUCCAGAUGGCUCUUGCAAGACGUUCGAUGCCAAGGCAGAUGGAUUCGCGAGGGCUGAAGCUGUAUCCGCUAUAUACAUAAAACCCCUCGAGGCAGCGCUUCGUGAGGGCAAUCCAAUCCGGGCGGUGAUUAAGGGGACGGGGACAAACUGUGAUGGGAGAAGUGGCGGAUUACUGAGACCGAAUGCAGACGCUCAAGAAGCCUUGAUGCGCAAAGUCUAUUGUGAUAAUGGGCUGGACCCGGGCGAGACCGCGUUCGUCGAGGUUGUCCUGGAUGCGUUUGAGCCGCCCGAGGCCAUUCAGUCAAACUCUCGUCCUACACGGCCUGACCUUUUUCUCCUCUCCGCAAACACAAAACCAUCUCUCGAGAUGGCGAUAGCUCGCUAUGACGAGUUUCUUCGAAGCGAGAGCCGAUCAAAGGGGCCCGACGUCGCAUACACGUUGGCGCUCCGCCGGGAAAGACUUCCCCAUCGAGCCUUUUCGCUAGUCCAGGACGGAAAUAUCAUCGGAUCCUGGGAACCGGCAACGGUUGCCGCAGCAAAGGCUGCUCCCGUAUACAUGGUUUUCACCGGACAGGGUGCACACUGGGCGGGGAUGGCCAAGGAGAUGGUUCUGGGCGAUGAUCUUUUCAGGAAGGAUAUCGUCCUAAUGGAUAGCAUCUUGAGUGGACUCACGUAUCCCCCAUCGUGGUCAAUGAUGGAAGAGAUUAUGCGGGUAGAAAACCAAUCACGAGCUCACCUUCCAGAAAUCUCCCAGCCUCUAUGCACUGCGAUACAGAUUGCACUUUUCAACCGUCUUGCUCACAUUGGUGUACGGCCGGAGUGCGUGGCCGGCCACUCUAGUGGGGAGAUAGCAGCGGCCUAUGCCUCAGGUGUGCUAUCGAUGGAAGCGGCCAUGGUGAUUUCGUACUACCGAGGCUACGUAGCAGCGGGCCUUGCGGAGACAGGCUGUAUGAUUGCGGUUGGACUCCCCGCUCAUGAGAUCGAGCCCUUGCUCCCCACCCGCGUCGUUGUGGCGUGUGAAAAUAGCCCCAAGAGCACGACCAUCUCGGGAGAAAGAGAGCCUGUAUUGAGGGCGCUGGAAAUAAUUAGGCACCGAUGGCCUGAUGCCCUGACAAAAGAACUAGGCAUUAAUAUUGCCUACCACUCCCACUACAUGAAUGCCGUUGGGGAUGACUAUAUAAGCCUCAUACAGGAAGACCUCUCAAAACUCUGCGCCUGGCCGGCAAAGUCCACGACACCCUUCUACUCAAGCGUGACAGGGCAACAGGUCGAGCCCUAUCAUGAUUUCGGUCCAAAUUAUUGGCGAGAGAACCUCGUCUCUCCCGUAAGAUUCUCAACUGCCAUCUCCACACUUCUCGAUGUAAGCGGGGCUGGUAUAUUCCUAGAAAUCGGGCCUCAUAGCGCUCUGCUGGGCCCUCUGAAGCAAAUUGCGGCAGCGAAUCAGAGUCUCUGGUAUGAAAGCAGAGUUGUACGACACGUCGUCGCCAAGGCGGCGCUGGUCUUGUCUGAAACGACUGGGAAUGAGAUAAUAACAGCUCUGAAGAGGCACAAACUGACGGAUGCGUGUGAGCUCCAGGAUGUGUCUUCCGCGGUUACCGAGUGUCAAGCCACAGCUAAUAUCACACCCAUCAGCGCCGAUCAAAGCAUGGCUUACGCCCUCCACCCAGCCGUAAUCGAUGCUUGUUUUCAGCUUGUCAUUAUGGCCUCGGUACGGGGCAUAGGUCGCCUGCUCUCUAAGACCUGCCUCCCUACGCGCCUUGAGCGUGUUGAUAUCCUUCCCAGCAGUGAAGUACUGCGAGCAUCAGCCCUGGUGUCUCAAGGCAACGAGUCUACCACUGUGGAGUGCAUGGCCGAUGACCGACUCGUUCUGAAACUUAGAGGACUCCAUCUAAGCAGCCUCGGUGACGAUCUCGGGGUUGAAAAUGCCGAUAUCCACGCCGCCGCAAGACUAGAAUGGGUGCCUCAUCUCGACUUUAUUGAUCCGGGACCGCUGUUAAAGCCAGCAAAUUUCAGUCAAGGAGAGGUUGAACUGAUUGAGGAGAUGACAUUUUUAUGUAUGCUCGACACUCUGGAAAAAGUGGAAGACCUCGUGCCCGCGCACACACACUUUUACAAAUAUCGGGAGUGGCUACGGCGUGAGGUCUCGGAGGCGGCGAUCUUCACGGGAGAACUCGAGGCCAUCGACGUUCUCACGGAAGGCGGCGUACUAACCGAUUUAUACAAUGUGGUGAGCUUCGAAUUCAGCGGCUUCGUUCGCCUAAUGUCCAACACCAGGCCAAAGCUUCGUGUGCUUGAGGUUGGUGCCGGAACUGGAGGAACGACAGAACUUAUCCUUCGCGAUCUGGUCAAGGGCGGCCUACCUCAGUACUCGGCUUAUACCUUUACCGACAUAUCCGCCGGAUUCUUGUCUCGGGCCAGAGAACGCUUCGAGUAUGCCCCAAACAUGGACUACCAGAUUCUAGACAUCUCAAAGGACCCGGUCGGUCAAGGGUUUGAUACCUCUUCCUAUGAUCUCAUCAUCGCCGCAAAUGUUGUACAUGCGACCCCAUCUUUGCAUGAGAGCCUUUUGAACCUUAACAAGCUUUUAAAACCGGAUGGCACACUUCUCCUCACCGAGCUCUGUAGCGAGCUACGCGUCCCAGGGUACAUCUUUGGAACAUUUUCCGGCUGGUGGCUAGGAGGUGACGACGGUCGUGAAUGGGUUCCCUACGUACCCGUCCCGCGAUGGGACGAAGAGCUCAAGAUGGCUGGGUACGUGGGCGCUGAAACAGUCGUAUAUGACCAGGCAGCCCCUUAUACCUGUUGCACUGCGAUUAUCUCACGCAAGCUGUCACCCAAGCCGGAUUCUCUCAGAGAAGUGACAGUUCUUUCACACGACCCCGAGUCAGGAGCGGCACUUGUGAUCAAGCAGGCCCUGGAUAGAGAGGGAAUAUCUGUCAGACACGCUUCGAUCGAACACGACUUUCUGCCGGACCAAGACAUGGUAUGCUGUUUUGAUCUCGAAACAAACUACUUCAAGGACGUGUCGGAAGCAGAGUUCCACAAUUUUCAGGCAUUCGUUCGGAAGCUCAAGUCCACCCGGCUACUUUGGCUAACCAAGCCCGCGCAAGUCGAAUGUAAAGACCCAUGGGCUGCUUCGUCUCUUGGAGUGGCCCGAACCCUACGCUCCGAGCUUGAAGUACCCUUGUACACUCUGGAGAUUGAUCCCGAGGAGGCGAACUUUCCCAACAUGGUAUUACAGGUGCUCGAGAAAAUACGACGGGAUGCAGGCGAUGAUACUUUAGACCCUGACAAGGAGUUUGCCGUUUAUAAUGGAAACCUAUGUGUCGGGAGAUACCAGCCUUUCUCCGUGCUUGAUGAGACGACUCAACCUUUGAACCUCGGCCGCUUGGAACGGGGACAAACGGUUCUCAUCCAUUCGGCGUGCGGUGGCGUCGGAAUGGCGGCGAUACAAGUUGCCAAACUGGCUGGUGCCGAGAUCUUUGCGACGGUAGGUGGCGACCAUAAAGUCGAGUAUCUGAUGCGCAAGUUUGGUAUCCCCCAAAGCCAUAUUUUCAAGUCUAGAGACGAUUCAUUUUACGAUGGGGUAAUGCGAGAAACAAAGGGCCGCGGGGUGGACGUCGUACUCAACUCCCUCUCCGGGGAUCUCUUGCACGCGUCCUGGCGGUGCGUCGCGCCGUUUGGCAUCUUGGUGGAGAUUGGCAAGCGAGACCACAUGGAAAAUGGAAAGCUGGACCUGGGGCCCUUCUUGGCCAACCGGACAUAUUCUUGUUUCGACGGGAAGGAGUUUUCACUGCAGCGGCCCGAAGUCAUGGGAAGGCUGCUCGAAAAGUACUUGGGAUUGUACGAGCUUGGUAUCUUGGGCGCAAUGCCAGAAGUUCGAAAUUUUGAUGUCAAGGAGGUGGAGCAGGCGUUCAGGUGGCACCAGGACGGCCAGCAUAUUGGCAAAGCGGUGGUAAGUAUACCGCAGCAAUUCGAUCUCGAACACCUCCGGGCCGCUCCGUCAUCAUCACAAACUCUGAAGUUGGAUCCAGAGGGCAGCUACCUGCUCACGGGCGGGCUCGGGGGCCUUGGGAGGACAACAGCCCGCUGGCUCGUAGAGAGAGGUGCCCGCUCGUUGACAUUUUUAUCGAGAGGGGCACAAAGCGAAAACAACACUCAUUUUAUCCGAGAACUCGGUGCGAUGGGAUGUCGGGUAACUGCAGUCUCGGGGUCUGUAGAAAGACUCGAAGAUGUCCAAGAAGCUCUUACGCGGUCGCAUGCGCCGGUCAAGGGGGUAUUCCAUAUGGCAAUGGUUCUCGAGGAUGCGCCAUUCGUGGACAUGACUUGGGCACAAUGGAAUGCGGCAACUCGGCCCAAGAUUGACGGCGCUUGGAACUUGCAUACCGCGCUCAUUGACCAAAAGCUCGACUUUUUCUUUCUUGCAAGCUCUGUUGUGACUACCACUCAUAGCCCAGGACAAGGAAACUACUGCGCAGCCAAUACGUAUCUGGAGGCAUUGUGCCAAUACCGGCAAGGUCUCGGCCUGCCAGCGUCUGUCUUGGGUAUAUGCCCAAUUCGCGGGGCCGGCUUUGUCGCAAGCAGCGCCAGAGCGCAGCGCAAUAUGAAGGCACAGGGUCUCUACAGCUUAAACGAGCAAGCGUAUCUCGACUUUGUCGAGCACUCGCUGUUAUCCAACACGUGCCGUGCUGUCAUCGCGCCAGAGUCCUCUUCUCAGUCGUUUUCUUCGUGGAAGAACGAAUCCCACGUGGUGAUGGGGCUCCGCUCGGAGCUCGAUCUGCAGGACCCCAACAACAAGACAAACUGGCGGAGGGAUAGGCGGAUGGGGAGCUAUCAUAAUGUGCGCAAUAAUACUGUAAAGGAGCUGUCGUUGGAUGCAAAUGAGCUCAAAAUGUUUCUAGACAGGGCUGCGCAGGAAGGAGAGGCACUUUUGCUGUCUCAAGAAGGUGCCCACUUCCUGGCAGCGGAGAUUGGGCGCAAGGUGUACAACAUCAUGUUGCGGCCGGAAGGCGAGACGGCAAACGUGUCGGCGAGCCCGGCCGAGCUAGGGGUGGAUUCACUGAUGGCCACGGAGCUCAGGAGAUGGUUUCGGCAGGCGUUUGGACUCAAGAUCAGUGUGCUGCAGAUUCUCAGCGCGGAGUCGCUCGAACAGCUGGGGCGGACGGUGGGGGCGGGCUCGCUGAGAGUGCGGCGGAGAAAAAACCUUGGCUUCGCGGCUACGGCCAAGAUCGAUGGAGAUUGGAGCGUUGAGAGAGUGCUCGACCAAGUUUCAGACGGGCCAUCACUCGCCACCGGAUCAACGUCCCCCUGCGAGUCGAUUUCCGACCACAUGUAUCGCAUGUCGAUCCUCACUUUUAUGACACCUCCCGCACUCGCCGCCCGCAUCGAUGUCAACAGGUGCAUCAAGAUGUGCUUGAUUCACGACAUGGCAGAGUCCCUAGUAGGCGACAUCACCCCGGUCGACGGUGUGGCCAAGCCAGAGAAGAAUCGGCGCGAGGCGGCUACGAUGGACUUUAUUAGCUCCGGUCUGCUCGGAAACGUGUACGGCGGAGUUCCCGGCCGCGAACUGCGCGAGAUCUGGCAAGAGUACGAAGACUCGCAGACGCCAGAGAGCCUGUACGUCCACGACAUCGACAAGAUGGAGCUUUUGCUUCAAAUGUACGAAUAUGAAAAGAGGGGCAAUCACGAAAUCGACCUCGGGGAAUUCGCCUACGUUGCGACUAGAAUUACCCUCCCCGAGGUCAAGGAAUGGGCCGAUGAGCUGCUCAAAGAGCGAGAAGCCUUUUGGAGCGAGCGGGAACACGUGCAAGGAAACAAAGGCGUGGAUGGUGGUGUUGAAGAUGACGUGAGGCAGCAGCAAAACGAGUAUUACGAGAAUGAGUGA